AUGAUGGUACCGACGAGGACAAUGGCCCCGCGCCUCCUCCCCUUCCUGCGAACCUUCACCACCAAACACCCACCACCGCCCCACUACUACACUCUCUUCCCGCAUUCCCUCCCCUCGGGCCCGCCACCCUCGGGCCCAUUCACCCUCUCCCAGAUCACCUUGAAGUCACUCCGCCGCGAAUUCCUCAAAUCCCAGCAAUCCGUGCAUCCGGACCUGACCCAGGACCCGUCGCUGAAGCUCGCCGCGCAGAACACGAGCGCUUACCUGAAUACCGCGUACAGGACGUUGGGAGACCCGUUGCUGCGCGCGCAGUAUCUGCUGCGGAUGCGCGGGGUGGAGGUGGAGGAUGAGGCCGGGAGUGUGGAGGAUAUGGUGCUGCUGGCCGAGGUCAUGGAGGCUAUGGAGGAGGUGGACGAGAUUGAGGGUAGCGAUGAAGGCGGGGGGAAGGGAGGGGAGAAGUGGGACAGGGCGUGGGGGGUUAAUGAGAGGAGGAUUCGGGAGGAGGUUGAUGGAUUAGAGGAGGCUUUUAGGAACGAUGAGCUGGAGAAGGCUAAAGUUGGGUGUGUCAGGUUGAGGUAUUGGGGGAAUGUUAAGAGGAGGUUAGAGGAUGUUCAGGAGGGGAAGGGGAUGGGUGAGAGCAAGGGGUGAAUAGAUGGAUAGAUGGGGGGGGGUUGGGGACGGGAUACCAAAAAGUCUUGAUUCACUGUACCCUAUUGUGUUUUCUUUGGGGCGAUAAUACUUAGAGACAGAAGGGGGGGGGAGGAGGCCUCCCAUGUCUGUAUUCUGUAUUCUGUACUCCGUUAAAACCUUGUCUGUACUGU